GCCACAAAAGACAGACCCCAAAGCCUGCAAUGAAGAAGUUAGUGUUGACGAAUCCAAACAAACUGCUCAGCCUCUCAACAAUAAUGAUGGGGUAAGAAUUAUUGCACCUAAUUCCUUUACCAGCCAUUUAAACAUCCCUAAAAAUAAAUGCAGUUUAUAA